AUGAUUGUAGAUCAAGGCAUUUUCGUAGACGAUACGGAAGCUAUCCCUAUUGUGGAGUCCGAUACAAUGUUCGUCGAUGAGCACUUCGUGGUCCCUCUGCCAUGGAAGAAGGGUGUCAAUACCGAUGUGGGAAAUUAUGCGUCAGCGCUCUCGAGGUUGAAUAGCCUGAAGCGGCGCUUAAUUAAUGACGAGGCGCUACGGUUCCGUUACGCACAAACGAUGAAGAUGACUGUAGAGAAGGGAUAUGCCGUGCCAGUCCCAGGGCAACAGUUACACUGCGACUUUCAUCCGAGUUGGUACCUGCCUCAUCAUGCAGUACUGAACCCAAAAAAGCCGGAAAAGCUGUGUAUAGUUUUGGAUUGUGCGGCCAAACACAAGAAGCAAUCGUUAAAUGACAUGCUCUAUCACGGUCCAGACACCACCGCGAAUUUAGUGGGUAUAAUUUGCGAUUUCGUAAAGAACCUGUAG